UCGGUGUCAGACCCAUUACUAUAAAAGAAGCUACACUUCACCCUUCUCCAUACACUUUUGCUUUCUUUAUCCAAUAAUAAUCGCCCCCCUCCUUUUUUUUUUUAUCUUCUUUCCCUCAACUCCCUCCUUUGUUUAUUCUUGACCUCUGCUUUGAUGAGCUUAUAAGAACUUCCCACGAGUGUCACCCAAAUAAUAGAAAGUGUUGUGUUGUGUUGUGCAGUGGUGAGUGGUGGGGUUCCAAUUAACAAAGUAGUAGUAUUAUGGAGAAGCUCAAUUUUGUGAAGAAUGGGGAACUUAGAUUGCCUCCUGGAUUCCGUUUCCACCCGACUGAUGAGGAACUUGUUUUGCAAUACUUGAAGCGUAAGGUCUUCUCUUCCCCUUUGCCGGCCUCUUUUAUUCCUGAGGUUGAUGUUUGCAAGUCUGAUCCUUGGGAUUUGCCAGGUGAUUUGGAGCAAGAGAGGUACUUCUUCAGCACGAAGGAGGCCAAAUAUCCUAAUGGGAACAGAUCCAACAGAGCCACCAACUCGGGUUAUUGGAAGGCAACAGGUUUGGACAAACAAAUUCUAACUUCAAAAGGGAACAACCAAGUUGUGGGGAUGAAGAAGACUCUCGUUUUCUACAGAGGCAAGCCUCCUCAUGGUUCAAGAACUGAUUGGAUCAUGCACGAAUAUCGCCUCCUCACCACCACCACCACCUCUCACUCUCACGCUCACACUCAGACCCCUCUGCUUCCCGUGGAAAAUUGGGUUCUGUGUCGGAUAUUUUGGAAGAGGAGAGGUGCUAAAAACGGGGACGACAGAGACGCUUUGAGACCAACCCUUGAUAACAUUACCCGCAAGGUGAGGAACUCUAGGAUGGUUUUCUAUGACUUCUUGGCACAAAACAAGACUGAUUUAAACCGUGUACCUGCUUCCUCAUCCUCCGGCACCAGUGGAAUCACUGAGCUUUCCACCAAUGACAAUGAAUCAGAUGAACAUGAAGAGAGCAGUAGCUCCAACACCUUCCCUUAUUUUAGAAGAAAACCUUAACAACAAACUUUGUUACGGUUUCCCUUCUCUAGUUGUUGUAUUAGUAUCUGCACUUCUCUUUUUCCGUCUCUAAAAGAAAUCAAGCUUCGCCUCUUUCUUUCUUUCUUUCUUUCUUUAAUUAGAUCUAAUUACCAUCACUUGUUCAAACCAAGUAUAGUAUCCCAAACGACACCGGCAUUGAGGGUAGUCUGAACUCUGAAGAGUUAUGGUACUGAUACUACUUACUAUGUAAUACGAUUCUUAAUUUUCCUUCAAUUUCCCUCUGAAUUCUACCUUUUUCCAGAUACUAGUAAUGCCCAUCAUCGCCAUUCAAUGGUUCUUUUAGCAAAAAGCUACUCAUUUUCAGUUCCAAGGAGAACCUUUGACAGAGGAAAAGGGGGGAACGGAAAAGAGAAAAGGGAUGGAAAGCAUGAGAAAAAAAAAAAAAAAAAAACAAUCUUGUCCAACAAUAAAACACCAUUUUGAGGAUAACAAGCAUAGAAUAAGAACAUAAUCUUUGCGAGAUCAGCAUCGCACUAGUUAGUUGCUUAUUAUUCCUUGUGGGAAAGAAGAACCUGCAAAUGGUCAAUUCCAUAAAUAAAUAAAAAAGUG